AUGGCAUUGUCGCUGGAAGAAUUCAUUCACUCCCUUGACCUCAGGACCCUUCCCAGGGUCCUAGAAGUCCAGUCAGGCAUCUAUUUUGAAGGUUCCAUUUAUGAAAUGUUUGGAAAUGAAUGCUGUUUGUCAACAGGAGAAGUGAUUAAAAUUACUGGUCUCAAAAUUAAGAAGAUCAUAGCUGAAAUUUGUGAGCACACUGAGGGUUGUGAGUCUUUACAACCAUUUGAGCUGCCUAUGAAUUUUCCAGGUCUUUUUAAGAUUGUGGCCGAUAAAACUCCAUACCUCACUAUGGAAGAAAUAACAAGGACCAUUCAUAUUGGAUCAAGUAGACUAGGGCAUCCUUGCUUCUAUCAUCAGAAGGAUCUAAAACUAGAGAAUCUCACUGUAAAACAGGGUGAGCAAAUCAUGCUCAACUCAGUUGAAGAGAUCAGUGGAGAGAUAAUGGUGAACUGUGGAGUGGUAAGGAAUCAUCAGAAUCACUCGUUUACUUUGCCUUUGUCACAAGAAGGAGAAUUCUAUGAGUGUGAAGAUGAACAUAUUUAUACCCUAAAGGAGAUUGUUGAAUGGAAGAUCCCGAAGAACAGAACACGAACUGUGAAGCUUACCGGUUUUUCAAAUAAGUGGGACUUAACAAAUCCAUUCCCUAAAGGCUUUUAUGGUGCUCUGAUUCUCAAGCCUGUUUAUGAAAUUCAAGGUGUGAUGAAAUUCCGAAAGGAUAUAGUCCGCAUCCUCCCCAGUUUAGAUGUUGAAGUCAAAGACAUUACUGACAGUUACGAUGCCAACUGGUUUCUUCAGCUAUUAUCUACACAAGAUCUCUUUGAAAUGACCAGUAAGGAGUUCCCCAUAGUGGCCGAAGUCAUAGAGGCACCUCAAGGAAACGAGCUUCCCAGAAGCAUUUUACAGCCUGGGAAGACCAUUGUGGUCCACAAAAAGUACCAGGCAUCGAGGAUCUUAGCUUCAGAAAUUCGAAGCAAUUUUCCUAAAAGGCACUUCUUGAUCCCCACUAGCUAUAAAGGCAAAUUCAAGCGGCGACCCCGGGAGUUCCCAACUGCCUAUGACCUUGAGAUAGCAAAGAGUGAAAAGGAGCAUCUCCACGUGGUGGCCACCAAAGCCUUUCAUUCCCCUCAUGACGAGCUGUCAUCCGUAUCUGUUGGGGACCAGUUUCUAGUGCAUCACUCACAGACGACUCAAGUCCUUUAUGAGGGAAUCAAAAAAGUGGUGAAUGUUCUAGCCUGUGAAAAAAUCCUCAAAAAAUCCUAUGAGACAACACUGCUCCCUUUGUACAUGGAAGGAGGUUUUGUAGAGGUGAUUCAUGAUAAGAAACAGUACCAGAUUUCUGAGCUCUGUGCGCAGUUCCGCUUUCCCUUCAACGUGAAGGUAUCUGUGAGAGAUCUUUCCAUUGAAGAAGACAUUUUGGCUGCUACACCAGGACUGCGGUUGGAGGAAGCUAUCACAGACUCCUAUCUACUUAUAAGUGACUUUGCCAACUCCAGGGAGUGCUGGGAAAUUCCUGUCAGUCGCUUAAAUAUGACUGUUCAGUUAGUUAAUAGGUUUUCUAGGGACACAGGAUCAGUUCUAGUCAGGACUCUGGUUGAAGAGAUCACCGAAGAACAGUAUUACAUGAUGCGAAGAUAUGAAGGCUCUUUCUCCCACCCCCCACCUCGCCCUCCCAAACAUCCCUCAGUGGAGGAAACAAAGUUAACCCUGCUCACCUUAGCAGAGAACAGGGCUGUGGAUCUGCCUAAGUCUCCCAAGAGUCUCCAUGUAGACAUAUCCAAGAGACUGCACUCAAAUCAAGCUGGCCUGGAUUCAAAAGUACCAGUUGGUUGUCAAAGUGAUUUGGCCGAAUUGGAGAAAGAGAGAAGCAAGAGUGGGGCAACUCAACUAGCAGCCACCAGUGUAACCACAGGUCGGUGA